AUGGCAGAUGAUCCCGAUCAGACAUCUGGUGACUCCCCUACUACCUCUCUAGAAUCUUAUAGACGACAGCGACGUCGACUAUUAUCAACCGCUCAUUCCUCUCCACAUCCUUCUUGCAGCACACAUACAAUCCCAUCUGUUCACGUAACAAUCGCAGAUAGAAGUGCUCCAGGCCGAGCACCACAUACCACAGGAAGUAGCAACUCUACGCUCUCAUCAAGAUGUCCUAGCAUUAUCCAAAUUCAGCCAGCAGAUAGACGUGGUCGAGCUCAACCGCCCAUCACUACAGGCAGACAGGAUGCUGCCAUUGCUUCCUCAAGUCGAUCUGCUGGGGCAGGGUCGGCCGCUGCGGCUUCGAUACCUGUCAAGCCUCCAACACUAUCGCAGGCUUUACGCCCUGGGAUACGGCUAGGCAUCGAGACAGAAUUUUUACUUUCUGCCCGUCAACGCUCACACCAAGCCGUGAGUCUCAGUCGGUUUGUGCAAAUCCUUGCAGAUAACCAUAACAAAGAGGUGUGGUCUCAGUAUCCCCAAAUGCAUCACUCGCUGUGUCAACCUGAAGACCCCAUUGAUUAUAAGGAGUGGUCUAUGGUUUAUGAAAGUAGUAAUGCAACCGGCCGAGAACCAUGGGGCCUUGAGAUGCGAACUCCAAUUACCGAGGUGCAACCCGGAUGGAGAGAUUCCAUCCUAGCAACGUGGAGAUAUCUGUUGCGGAACUAUGAAGUCAGAUCAAAUCAUGAGUGCGCGACCCACAUCCACAUCUCACUUGUGCCAGUCUACACCCUAGGCCAGGUGAAGAAGAUUGCUUCCGCUGUCAUCUACUUCGAGGCGGUGUUCGAAGCACUAGUCCCGGAAGAACGCAGAGGCAAUGAAUGGGUCCAAAGCAACUGGCUUGAAAGCCCGGAACUAGCACAAAAAGACAAAUCUCGCUCUGACUCCAUCAUCGAAAUAGAAAGAGCAUGCGACAUAGAUGCAGUUUUGAAUUUGAUGCAGAGAUGUGGUGACCCAAAAUUCGCGUGGAAUUUUGUACCUUUGACAUCGAACAAGCAAACAAUAGAAUUUCGGAAACCUCCAGGAAGCGAAACGGCCGACGAAGCCCUUUGCUGGGCCGAGCUCGCAUUGAACUUCAUCCAAGCAUCUCUCAGGUACGGAUCCUUUACAGAUCUAAAGAAAUUCCCCCAAAACAUCAAAGGUCUACGCUCGUUCUUGGAGAAUGGUCAAGAUCCUAAGAUCAGUGAUCCGGACCGAUUGCAGAUGUUGUGGGCAAACCAACCCCCGAACGCAGCCAUAGCCCCUACAGACUCGGGUUCACAAAUGAUUAAAACGAAAGAGGAACUCCAUAUCAUCGCUGCGGCGGACAUGAGACACAGCCGGAGACAUCCGAUAUUCAAGUAA